UUACUCUGCAGACCUAUGCAGGUGCACUAGACUCUCUGUAGGGAUUCUCCUGUUACAGAAAUCUCUUGUAGGAAGACAUUCAGACAGGUGACAAUGGGAGUUCAGAAAAUGGAAAUGGAAGACACAGACUCUGCUUUAAUGGAGAAGGGAAGGAAACCACUUGCAUUCAAACCUCCAAAUAAAUAUGAGAGGGUGUUUCAGCCCUGCAUUGCUGAGAUAGUGGGGACAAUGUUUUUUGUUUUCAUCGGCUGUGUGUCAGUCAUUGAGAAUGUUCCUGCAGCUGGACGCCUGCAGCCAGCUUUGGUACAUGGACUGGCUGUAGCAGUUCUGGUGGCAGCCAUGGAUAAGAUAAGUGGCUCCCAUUUCAACCCACCUUUUACUAUUGCCAUCUACCUGUGUGGCGGUAUGGAGUCAAUGUUGGUGGUACCCUACCUUGUCAGCCAGCUGAUUGGAGGAGUGCUGGGGGCUGGAAUGGCUAAAAUGAUGACCCCUGCAGAGCGCUACAUCAAUGCUACAGGAGCAGCAUUUGAUAUCCUCAAGUCAGAGAGUCAGCUGUCAGGGGCCAUCUUCGGGGAGGUGGCCAUGACCUGCCUCGUCACCAUGGUGGUGCUGCUGGUCGCAGUGAACCACAAGACCAAAACCCCGCUGGCACCUUUCCUUGUGGGCUGCACUGUCAUCAUUAACAUCCUGGCAGGGGGUGACAUAUCAGGAACGUGUCUGAACCCUGCCAGAGCCUUUGGUCCGGCUGUAAUGGCGAACUAUUGGACCUACCACUGGGUUUACUGGGUAGGACCUGUGGGAGGAGGUGUGGUGGCUGCUGCCCUCCUCAGGCUCAUUCUCGGAGAUGAAAGGUUAAGAGUUAUAUUGAAAACAUAAGAUUCUACAUGUGUUGUAUUGCCCUGCAUGUGGACGUCUAUUAACUGUAAUAUUUGUCUACGUUGCUAUUGUUAAUGCGUUUGAUUCAUGUGAUAGUGUCAUGUCAUAACAUACAUCUUUUAUUUUAUUUU